UCUUCUCUUCUCUUUCUAAGACUCACAGUCAUUCCUUGCUUCUUCCUUUUGAAUCACGAGAUCCCCAUCUCUUUAUUUCUUUCUUUCCCUUUCUCUUCUUAGCUUUUCUUUUCUUUUCUUGCAAUUUCUCUUCAUUCAUGUCUUCUUCAAAGCUACUUUGGUUUCAUUUUCUUCUCUGUUGUUGGUGGUGGUCUUGUAGUUUCAGCAACAGGCAUUGUUGAAAGGGGAAGAUUGAAGACGAGAACAAAAAAAAAAGCCCAGAAAUAAAUUUUGAAUCUUUGUGGUUAUUCGGUGAGAAAUGUCGCAUUCAGGCAAAUCCAUACCCGAAAUAGGGUUUGAUUCACUUGCCGAUCGGUUUAGCGGCGCUUUGAGUUGCGAAACCAACAAACCUGAUUUUAAGGAACUCGAUCUGGGUUCGCCGGUUUCGCCGUUGAGGAUUCGUGGGUCAGGUGGCGGCGGCCCUGCUGCGAGUGGGGUGACCACUAUGAGCAGCAGUUCUAGCUCGUCUGGUUCGGUUUCAGGGAAAACUGGGAACACCGCGGUCGUCAAAAGAUCCGAUGGUGGUGGGAAUAACCACUCAGGUGAGCUCUCGGGAUCGAGCGAAAGCAGCCCAUCUGCGGCUGAGAGCACUCGAUCCGCCGGUGGAACUCGUAAUUACAAGCCUGGUCAUGGAAGAUCGAAUUCCUGCGGUGCCCCAUUAAUCUACUCUGGCGGAAGCGUUAUCAGUGGUGGCGGCAGUGGAGUUUCUGUCAAUUCACCAAGUGUGAAUGUGUUUCCCAGCGGAAACAUUUGUCGAUCGGGAAAGAUUUUGAAGACAGGAAUGGCGGCGACCAAGAGCGCUACAAGGAAUGACGUUCUUGGCUCGGGCACCGUAAACUACGGGCAUGGUAGUAUAAUGCGGGGCGGCGUUGGUGGCAAAUUGGGCGGUGGCAGUAAUGGAGGUGAAGCGAGUGCGGCCAAUGUAACAGGUAAUGUACAAUUCGCAGGGGAAUCAGUGACGGUGAAGAGGGCCAUGGCGAGUUCGGAUCCGGAGGAGUUGAAGAAGGCCGGUAAUGAGCAGUACAAAGGGGGAAAUUUUCUAGAAGCACUCUAUCUAUAUGAUCGAGCGAUUGUGAUUUCUCCAGACAAUGCGGCAUGUCGGAGUAACAGAGCAGCUGCAUUGACGGGGCUUGGUAGGUUAGCUGAGGCUGUGAGGGAAUGCGAGGAGGCUGUCAGACUGGAUCCUACUUAUGGCAGGGCGCAUCAGCGUUUGGCGUCUCUGCAUCUGCGGUUAGGGCAAGUUGAAAAUGCCCGGAAACACAUGUGUUUUCCUGGGCAGCAGCCCGAUCUCUCCGAGUUACAGAAGUUGCAGGCUGUGGAGAGGCAUCUGAACAGAUGUGCUGAUGCCCGGAAAAUUGGUGAUUGGAGGAGUGCAUUGAGGGAAUGUGAUGCUGCCAUUGCAGCUGGUGCAGAGUCUUCUCCUCAGCUAUUUGCAUGUAGAGUGGAAGCGCUCUUGAAGCUUCACCAGCUAGAGGAUGCAGAAUCUGGCCUUUCAAACAUGCCCAAAUACGAACCGGCUACCCCUUCAUGUUCACAGGCCAAGUUCUUUGGAUUGCUUUCUGAAUCUUACCUCUACUUUGUCCGAGCUCAGGUUGACAUGGCAGUGGGAAGGUUUGAGAAUGCAGUUGCAGCAGCUGAGAAAGCUGGGGAGAUUGAUCCCCGAAGUGUUGAAAUUGGAGUGAUGCUGAACAAUGUGAGGUUGGUGGCAAGAGCUCGUGCCCGCGGUAAUGAUCUCUUCAAUGCUGGGAGGUUUUCUGAAGCCUGCUCAGCUUAUGGGGAGGGCCUCAAGUUUGAUCCUUCCAACUCUGUUCUCUAUUGCAAUAGAGCAGCAUGUUGGUCUAAGCUUGGGCAGUGGGAGCGAUCUGUUGAAGACUGUACCCAUGCUCUCAGGAUCCAACCCAAUUACACAAAGGCUCUUCUUCGACGUGCUGCCUCAAAUGGCAAGCUAGAACGAUGGGCUGAAUCUGUAAGGGACUAUGAAGUUUUGAGAAAGGAAAUCCCAGGUGAUAAUGAGGUUGCCGAAGCUCUAUUUCAUGCCCAGGUUGCAUUAAGGAAAUCUCGAGGAGAGGAAGUGUAUAAUAUGAAAUUUGGUGGUGAGGUUGAGGAAGUAUCAGGUCUUGAUCAAUUUAGAGCUGCAAUAUCUUCACCAGGUGUUUCAGUAGUGCACUUCAAGGCUGCAUCAAAUAAGCAGUGUGAGCAGAUAUCUCCUUUUGUAGACACCCUAUGUCUGAAGUAUCCAUCUGUGAAUUUUGUCAAGGUUGAUGUUGAGGAGAGCCCAGUGGUUGCAAAUGCAGAGCAUGUGAGAAUUGUUCCAACAUUCAAGAUUUACAAGAACAGUACCAGAGUUAAGGAGAUGAUCUGCCCUACCCAUCAAGUUUUGGAAUACUCAGUUAGGCAUUAUAGUCUUUAGUACAGGCAUUUGUAUCCCAUUCCUGCUGUUUUUCUCCCAAUUCCUUCCCUCUGUCCGUCCUUCCACCAAUUCAUAUGAGAAUUAGCACUUUACCUUUUGACUAAAAUCAGCUAUGUAGUAAUUUCACAGAGCCAAUGCCAGAAGAACCCAGAGAGAUGACCUAGUUCCCAGUAGCAGUUUAUUUAUUCUUUCCAUUUCUAUUGUUCUCUCUGGUUUUAUGUUCCACCCUUCUUUUAUUUUUCAAUUCCUUCCCUCCCCCACCAAAACUCCUUAGGCCGGCCUUAUUCUUGUAUCCUAACCUUCCUCAUGAUGAGAAGAAAGCUGAGAAUGCUUGUACACAUAAAUUGACUCUUUUCAUUCAAUUUGAGAGAGAUAGAGGGGGUUGGCU